AAGUCGAUAGUUAGAUAUCAUUGAGCUUUCAGUGAAUGAACACCUUGCAAGAACGUUACGAUUGUUAGCACCUAAUUCUAUUCUGACAAAAAGUUAUUACCUGCAUCCAGCGUUGUUAUCCUACAUCGUUAUCAUGUCCAAACGUAGAGAAAGUGAAUAUAGUUAUGAUUCCCGUUACGAAUACAGUCGUGAAUUUUCCAGCAAAAGACGACGAGAUGAAGAAAGACCGAGAGACGAUAGGUCGAGGGAGGACAGAUCAAGAGACGACAGACCAAGAGAAGACAGACCAAGAGAAGACAGAUCAAGAGAAGACAGAUCGAGAGAACCUCGCUAUCCUGAUAAUCGAGACUUCGACAGGAACAAACAUCGUCGUCACGAUAACGAUAGAAACCCAAAAAAGAACUUUAGAUCAUCACGCUAUGAACAGGGAUCUUUCAAAAAAGAACCAUCUCCUGGUUGGGGUAGACCUGUUAAAAAGGAAGAUGAAGCUCCUCCUCAGCAGAAAGAGGCACCAAAUUUUGCAACUUCUGGAAAGCUGACAGAAGAUUUGAACACAGUAAAUGGAGUGGUGAUUAAGUAUUCAGAGCCAGAAGAAGCCAGAAAACCAAUUAGACGAUGGCGUUUAUACCCCUUCAAAGGUGAAAAGGCAUUGCCAGUUUUGUAUAUUCAUCGUCAGUCUGCCUAUCUAAUUGGAAGAGAUCGCAAAAUUGCUGAUUUACCACUAGAUCACCCAUCUAUUUCAAAGCAGCAUGCAGCGUUACAGUAUCGUCUUGUUGCUUAUAAAAGACCAAAUGGAUCUUCUGGAAAACGGGUACGACCAUACUUAAUUGAUUUGGAAUCAGCUAAUGGUACUUUUAUAAACAAAGUAAAACUUGAGCCAAAAAGAUAUUAUGAACUCCAAGAAAGAGACGUUGUUACAUUUGGAUUUUCUUCAAGAGAAUAUGUUGUACUUCAUGAAGAAUGUAAAGGUGAAGAGUUAGACGAUGACGUCAAAGAAUGAGUAUUGAGUUUCUACCUUAAUCAGGAAUUGACAGAAUCAGUAUUUGUACAUUUGUAAAUAUUAAAAUAUUUAUUUUAAGUAAAUUGCAUACUGAAUUA